UCGAGCAAUCUCGCUCAUUUGAGUUCUGUGCAACAUCUGGUGUUCCUCAGGGCUCUAACUUGGGACCUUUGCUGUUUCUUCUCUUUAUUAAUGAUAUUCUAAAUGACACUGACAUUUUGAUUUUGAUGUUCGCUGAUGAUUUAAAGCUAUUCACCAGAAUAUUCUCUAUUACUGAUUGUGUUAGAUUGCAGAGGGCGCUCGAUACUCUCUUGAGAUGGUGUGAAAGGAAUAGGCUGUCGUUGAAUGUUUCCAAGUGCCAUGUAAUGUCUUACACUAAAAAAUGUAAUAAAAUUCUUUAUAAUUAUCGAGUCGAUAAACAUGAAUUAUCUCGUUUAACUGAGUACAGAGAUUUGGGGGUGCUGUGUGACAGUCAGUGCUCAUUUGUACCACACUUGAACCAACUUAUUUCUUCUGUCAGUAAAACUUAUGGAUACAUUAUUCGUAAUGGUAGGCGCUUCAACAACUCGAACACGUUGAUAAUUUUAUUUAAUAGUUUUAUUCGUAGCAAAUUAGAAUAUUGUAGCAUCAUUUGGAGACCCAUAUAUAGUUGUCAUAAAAAACGAAUUGAAUCAGUACAAAGAAAGUUCUAUAAGUAUCUAGUUUGGAGAGAAGAUGGUGUCUAUCCAAAUAUAGGUUGUUGCAAUGAUAUGUUACUUGGUAGAUUUGGAGCUGAGCCCAUAGAACAAAGGGUCAAAUGAUUUGAUUGAGCAUCUUCCCUUUUUGGUUCCCCGAUUGGGCUCUAGGAGUGAUGCUGUAUUUUACUGUAGGGCGGGUAGAACAAACGCCAGUCUCAGAUCACCAAUUAAUUUCAUGUGUAACCUAUUCAAUUCCAUAGCUGGCAAAUGCGAUUUAUAUAAUGACUCUCCCCGCUCUAUAGUGGCUGCAUUUAUGGAGGGGAUUGGUAAUGUUAACCAAUUAUUAGAAUAAGUUUUUUUUUUUUUUUUUUUCAUUGCUCUCAAUAUUUUUAGUAUACUUUC